AUAACCUUGCUAUUUUACGGAUAUUUUAAUGACAGAGUGUGUUUUAUGUGUGCCUUUUUUAGUAUUUACGUUGAUCUAUAAAUCUAAAUUUUUUCUCCGCAAAUUGUUAAUGCAACUUUGAAAUUGUACAACAAACAAGCUUUGUAGACAUGCAGAUGCACAUUUGGGAUUAACAUUGCUAAGAAUCGAGUAAGUGCUCUUUACAACGGGAUGCUAAAUGCAAAUUGGUACUGAAGAGCAGUAAUACAUCCGAAAAUCGAUUCUAAUGAACGGAUUAAGUUUUUCCGACAUUGACAGACACAAGAAAGUCCCCAGCCCCGCCAUGGCGGAGAUUGCAAUGAGGACCCUGCACGUGUCACCACGACCGCGCGUGCGAUCUACCUCCAUGAAAAAGCCCAAAAUUAGGCUGUCAGAGGACUUUGACCUGGGAGACAUUCGCCCACGAACAAGCAGUUUGCCAACUAGAAACUCUGUCAGGAAGCCUAAUCUUCUGGAAAUUAGAUCGGCUGGAAUUUUGUAUGAGGACAGCGAGCAUGACUUGUACAGAGUAAGGACUUUUGAAAAAACAGCCAAAGGUUUGGUAAACCGAGGGGACUCUUUCAUCUCGAGGAGCACAAACAGUGUUGUAUCCUCCGGAAGUGAAUUUGGUGCUUUAUCAAGAACAUCGAGCUCAACGUCCCAGGCCAGUUUCACGGAACAUACCAAAUCCUAUCGCAUCCUUAUGAUGGGAGCGCAAGGGGUCGGGAAAACUGCCUUAACGCAACAGUUCAUGACUUCGGAAUAUCUUGGGGGUUUCGAUACAAGCGUUGACGGAGAGGAGGAGAAAACUGUAUCAGUAUUACUUAACGGCGAGGAAUCUUCGAUGUCCUUUAUAGAUCCUGACGCAGAUACUGUAACACCAAGGUGCGCCCCGAACUGUUCCUGUAUCGAUGCUUACGUUGUUGUGUACUGUAUCGAUGAUCGAUCAUCGUUUGAUCGGGCCGUCGAUAUUCUGUACAAUCUACGUAAAGAAGAACACAACGACUCGGCCAUCAUACUGGUAGCCAACAAAUGCGAACUGGCCAGAUCCCGUCUCGUAUCAACGGAAGAGGCUCAAGCGGUAGCCAAGACUUAUGACUGCAAAUUUAUUGAGACCUCAACCGUUUUGAACCACAACGUGGAUGAACUCCUAGCGGGCAUCCUGAGCCAAAUACGACUCAAAAUCAAACAAAAUGAGAAAUCCCAUAGCAAACUGGAGCAGAUACAUGGAUGUGUGACAAAAAGCAAACAAAUUCUGAACAAAAUAUUCAGCAAAAAAGAGGGAGCUACAAAAUCUUGUGAAAAUUUGUAUGUGUUAUAAAAAACAAAAAAGACCCAAAGAGAUUUAAAUUGUUACAGCGUAAAAAAGACAAAAACGGAUUACAAUUUUAAAAUUUGUAAUGUUUUGGAUGUUAUUAAGUUGGAAUGAUUUUGCUCUUUAUGUGAAAGAGUUGGCAUCAGGCUGUACCCGAACCCUGGAAACACUGGAAUCUUAAGCGUAUUAAUAAAAAUCAUCGAUUCAAGAGAGCAUCGUGUCAGAUACUUUAUCCUUUUGAAGUCAACAGGCCUUGUGGAUUUAAUGACGUAUUCAGCAUUAUUGCUUUUAGAAAUCUGUGUUUUCAAGUUUUUGCUAAAUGUUGUCAUAACAAAACAAGGUUAAAACAUACUUGAACGUAAAACAGCUAACCUGAAAGCAGAUCCAUGUUAAUAUGCUUUGAUUUUUUAUUUCAUGGAUUUUUUUAAUGACUUUGUUACUACUUUAUCUUUCUGUGUUUUGUGAGUUAAAUAUAUCAAACAUUCCAUAAAUGAGAUUCGUGGAAUUAUGUAUAAACAAAAACACAAUCAAACAAAAACAAUACUUAACAGGAAAAAAUACUAAACACAAUAUAAAUGAAAUGAAAUGAAAUCAUCUCAACCGGAAGUUAAACACGCCAUAGUUCGUUUUACAUGAACUUUAGAAAUUCUUUUGACUGAUUGAAAGUAUUGGGUACAAACAAGAAGACUUUGCAUUCACAAUUGUGGAAAAAUAUUUACCUUUUUGCUAUCUUCAACUUGUACUUUUUACCAAUUCACUCUCUUGCUAAAAUUUUGGACACCAUUGAACCAUAUUGCUACAUUUAAAAGAAAACCAAAUUACUUACACUCUAUAUCUAUCAUUUAAAUUGGGAAUUGUGAAUUAGCAAAAAAAAAUUUUUGGAAAUAUGUUUGGAAAUUACUUUAAUAUGAGACUUUACCGGAGUAACCUUAAGUUGUCGAUGUUUUGUAUCACACAAGCCUUGAUUAUCGGCCGUGUUAUAUAUAAAGAUUUAUUUUUGUUUGUGAUGUGUGCUGAUUUUUUUUUAAAAGUUAUUAUAAAUUGUCAAUAUGUAAAUCGUGCCUUUCAAAGCAUAUGUACAUGUAAGUGACUCUGGUUUUACAGAAAAAUUGAUGAUUUUAAAGUAUAAUUGUAUGGAAGAAGAAUAUCCAAAUAAAAUAAACAUAUGGUAAAAC